GGUUAGGUUGUCAGCCUGUCCAGACCUUUCCUCUGUUUCCGCUUUUUCGUGCUAAAAGCGAGUUUCCGUCAAUACUUGUUUUCUCUUCUGGUUCUGGGAGCACCGGGAGCCCGGGAGGAAGGGUUGUCUGCAGGGACUGGGGCGAGUACCCCGGUGGUGGGGAAGGCGGGACUUCCGUGUCUCACAGGAAGUGACGCGACAGUCGCGGCCGCAGACAGGUGGAACGGCAGGUGGGUUCAGGUGCCAGCCUGGCCUGGACCCGCUGUGGGACCGACGCUUCCGGUGAGCGACAGAGGUAGCUCCCAAAGGCCUGGAGACCCGUGGGGGCGGGCUCUGGGGUCUGAGCCCACGUCCUGGCCUGGAAUCCCUCCCUGUACCCAUUCCCCAUUCCCCUGCCGAGCUGGGCGGUUCGCCAGCCCACCUCAACUCUCGGAACCAUGUUCGCGGACUUGGAUUAUGACAUCGAGGAGGAUAAACUCGGGAUCCCGACUGUGCCCGGGAAGGUGACCCUGCAGAAGGAUGCCCAGAACCUGAUCGGGAUCAGCAUUGGAGGAGGCGCUCAGUAUUGCCCCUGCCUCUAUAUCGUCCAGGUGUUUGACAACACCCCAGCGGCCCUGGACGGCACCGUAGCAGCUGGUGACGAGAUCACCGGUGUCAACGGCAGGUCAAUCAAGGGCAAAACCAAGGUGGAAGUGGCGAAGAUGAUUCAGGAGGUGAAGGGGGAGGUGACGAUCCACUACAACAAGCUGCAGGCAGACCCCAAGCAGGGCAUGUCCCUGGACAUUGUGCUGAAGAAGGUAAAGCAUCGCCUGGUGGAGAACAUGAGUUCGGGGACUGCAGACGCCCUGGGCCUGAGCCGGGCCAUCCUGUGCAAUGACGGGCUUGUGAAGAGGCUGGAGGAGCUGGAGCGGACCGCCGAGCUGUAUAAAGGAAUGACAGAACACACCAAGAACCUCCUCCGGGCCUUUUAUGAGCUGUCACAGACACACCGGGCCUUUGGGGACGUGUUCUCCGUCAUUGGGGUGCGGGAGCCCCAGCCAGCAGCGAGCGAGGCUUUCGUGAAGUUUGCCGACGCCCACCGCAGCAUCGAGAAGUUCGGCAUCCGGCUGCUGAAAACCAUCAAGCCGAUGCUGACAGAUCUGAACACGUACCUCAACAAAGCCAUCCCAGACACUCGCCUCACCAUCAAGAAGUACCUGGAUGUGAAGUUUGAGUACCUAUCCUACUGCCUGAAGGUGAAGGAGAUGGACGACGAGGAGUACAGCUGCAUCGCCCUGGGGGAGCCCCUGUACCGCGUGAGCACUGGCAACUACGAGUACCGCCUGAUCCUGCGCUGUCGCCAGGAGGCCCGCGCCCGCUUCUCCCAGAUGCGCAAGGACGUGCUGGAGAAGAUGGAGUUGCUAGACCAGAAGCACGUCCAGGACAUCGUGUUCCAGCUGCAGCGCCUUGUGUCCACCAUGUCCAAGUACUACAACGACUGCUACGCGGUGCUGCGCGACGCCGACGUCUUCCCCAUCGAGGUGGACCUGGCGCACACCACGCUGGCCUAUGGCCUCGGCCAGGAUGAGUUCACUGACGGGGAGGACGAGGAGGACGAAGACGACGAGGACACGGCAGCGGGGGAGCCGUCCAGGGACGCGCGAGGGGCUACCGGGCCCCUGGACAAGGGUGGGAGCUGGUGUGACUCCUGAGUGCCCCCACAGGGUGCGGAUCUGGGGGGUAGGGGGAGUGGGAGGACGGAGCACGGGAGCGGGGGCGGGGCCGCCGCCCGCAUAAAGGCCUGCUGGCUUGGGGCGCCUGCCUCCCUGCUCCUCUGUCCUAGCACAGCGACCCCAGGCUCCUGCUCAGGAAAGUCCCUGGGCCCAGGCCUGGGACCUGGACUCUGGACGCCCCCCUCCCCUCCCCGCCUCCCCAGCCAGAUGGAGAGCUUGGCCCCUGGAACUGCCUUAGGAAGGAGAGUGGGCGCAGAGAGGAGGAGGGGCUGGAGGUGGCAGGCAGUCCAGGACCCAUUCCCUGUGGGCACCAGCACUGGCCCCUCCUGGAACCUGCUGGCGUGGGGGCCCGGGGGCAGGCCGCCGAGGUUGGGGCAGUGGCUGUGUGCCCCCUCAGCUCACCCCAGGCCGGCCCCAGCCCUGCCCACACUCACUCCCCGGUGGCCUUUGUUUAUUCGCUUCUCCCGGCUCAGCCGCUUCCUGGGGCAGGGCCGGGCCCUGGGCCUGUACUGAAUAAACAGCAGCCCAGA